AUGGACGACCGAGCGGAGACGCAACGAAUCGAGGAGCGGUUCCCGCAGGGAACCGACGAGUGGCUCGCGAGACCUCGGCUGUCGACGACUUCGCGAGGAACGAUCACGCCGGUGGCGAUACUGCAGCCGCUGUCCGCGCCGGUCGGCGACGUGGUGAUGUACACCGGGCCGUUGCAGCCGAUGGGGCAGCUCCACGGGAUCGGCAGGGAGUUCGGCGUGGCGGGACACAACCGGAGGCCGGCGACGGCGCGAUCACACAAGAUCAAGAAUCAAGAUGAGCGCAGGGACGUCGGGCCGACGCGAGCAAACAAGACGAGGCGGAUGGAUCGGCGCCUCACUCACUGGCAGUGCAUCUACUGCCGGCGCGAGACGCGGAACGAUCGAUGCAUGCACGGGCGACAAGGCGCCUGCGGCGGAGCAGGAGGGCCCGGCGCACAACCCCAGUUCAACUCAGGGUCCACACCUCUGGACCUCGCAGCGCUGACGAUUGCCGACGAGCAGCCUCCGGCGGCGGCAGUCACCGUCGAGCACGUCCUCCUCUUCGACUUUGAGGGCACGUGCGACGCGUCGGACGCCGGCCUCAGCCGCCUCCAGCAGUGCGCGCUGCACGAGAUCAUCGAGUUCCCGGCGCUGUGGCUCGACGCGCACACCGGCGCCGUCCGUGGCACCUUCCACGAGUACGUGCGCCCGACAGAGGGCGCCGACGGCGACGGCGCGGCGCGGCCGCUGUCGACGUUUUGCACAAACCUCACCGGCAUCACGCAGGAGCAGGUCGACUCCGCCUCACCACUCGCGGAGGUGGUCUCGCGCUUCCUUCAGUGGGUGGCGUCGUGCGGCCUGACGGAGGCUCUGGCAGACGGGAGCGCGCUGCUCAUCGCGCAUGGCGGCUGGGACCUCGGCGACCAGCUGCCGAUUGAGGCGGCGCGCAAGCAGCUGGCGCUGCCCGCCUGGCUUGGCUCGCGCACGUACAGCGACCUGAAGGUGCUCUUUGCGCUCGAGUACUCUGGCGCCAGCAGCACCUCGCUGCGCGGCAUGCUGCAGGCGCUCGGCCUCGAGCCCGAGGGGCGGGCCCACUCCGGGAUCGACGACUGCAGGAACCUGGCGCGCGUGGUCGAGUGGCUCAUCUCUCGCGGCGCGGACCUCGGCCACACCCACCGGGCCGGAGAGAUGCUGCGAGGCCACCGCGCGGGGCUGCGCCCGGGCGACUGGGCGUGCGAGGCGUGCGUCGAGCACGCCAAUUUCGCCUCUCGGGCGUCCUGCUUCCGCUGCGGCGCGGCGCGGCCCGCCUCGGCUGGCCCGGCGAGGCGGCCUGCGCAGCCGCGGCCUGGCGACUGGGCUUGCGCGGCGUGUGGCACCCUCUGCUUCGCGUCCCGGGAGAGCUGCUUCCGCUGCGGCGCGGCGCGGCCUGCAGGGCAGCUGCCGCCGCCCCACGCGCCCCACCUGCAGCCGCAGCCGUACCCGCCACUCGCCUUUGCGCCGCCGUCCUUUGCGCCGCCGUCCUUUGCGCCGCCGCACGCAUUCUACCCGCCACCGCAGUACGGAUGGCAGGGUGGCUGGGCUCCCUUCCCCGCGCCCUACCCGCCGCAGAUGCUGCCGCCGCAGCAGCUGCUGCCGCAGCAGCGCGGCCGGCCGGAGCGCCGGCCCGGCGACUGGGACUGCAGCGUCUGCGGAGACCUCGUCUUUGCCCGACGCACGCACUGCAACCGCUGCGGCGCCGCCCCGCAGCAGCCGCGCGUCGCGCCGGAGAUGCCUGCAUGA